CCGCAUUUUAGAAUAAGGUCAAUAUAGUAAAGUUAACCAGACUCGUUUAUUAAAUAAGUAAUAAUUUAAAGUUUUUUUCGCGGCUGUGCGUGAGCAGUCAGCUGCGAAAGGUAAUGCAAAAACAUACAAAUACCGGCAACUUAGAAAGCAAAAGCCGAAUCCCAGACAUUUUAGAAGAUUCAGAAACUACGGCCGGAUCCAUUUCGGCAAAAACGCAUGUCUCUGUGGGUCUGCAGUGGACGUGAGAUCGUCUGUAGGAGUGUUGACAGUUCUCGCGCGCACAGGGUCAGCAGUAGGAGCAGAGCGAGAGAAGAUUUUCCAAUCGAUGGCGAAUGUUUGGCGGAUACAAAAAAAAAAAAGUGUAAAAGGAUGAUAAUAUGUGCCACCACUAAAUAUAAUCGGACGGCCGUUAAUAUUCCUGGGCGGCACACCCAAGUAAAGUCUAUGUGUGGGAAGCACUGCUUACAAUAGCUAUUUAUAGUAAAUUAUAAUCGUAUUACUUAUUUCAAAUGGACCGUAUCAAUUGUUUAACAUACUAUACAUGUUAUUACAGUAAAUAUGUCAUAACUAAAGGUUGGUGUCUUGAUAACUUAGUUAGUUAUAGUAGUUGAUUUAAGACCCGUCAGACUCCCUCAGCAGUGUCCUAACAUUACUAAAACACAGCAAACGGUUAAAUUAGCCGUUUUUCCUCUUUCUGUUAAUACAGUUUAGCGUAAAAUGAAAAUUCUGCCUUAACUUGCUUCCCCGCACUUGACCCAAACAUUUUUUCUGCUGAACACAAAAAAAUAAAUAUUGAUGAGCCAGAGUUUAUGGUUGCCCUCGACGUCAACGUUCUGUUUAACCAUCAGUCUUUGGUUGUGAUUGAUUGCGUAGCUUGUUUCAUAUGCAAACAAGCAUCUGCAUCGGAAAACAAAAUGGCCUACAGGUUACCAUUUGGGUAAUCUCCAAGUGGUCAUAUUCUUUGUUGUAACUGGUAUAAAUCACUUUGGGUUUGGGUUACUUGAAGACUGACAGGUUAACAUCAAUGCUGAGGAACUGUCUCCAAUAAAGUCUUCUCCCUGUAAGGACUUUGGUCAGCUUAACUAGUUUAUGUAUUCGAGCAGGGGAGGCCAAACGUUUUCGAACGAAGGGCCAAAAACCAAAUGUCAAAGAUAAACAUACCAAACGAUUGUACAUUAAAGUUGCCAUGGGCAAUUUCCUAAUAUUUAAAAAUGAAUAGAAAACAUCACCUUUAAUCGUAUUAACUAACGCAGUCCAACUCUUUUAAAUGCAAUAAAAACAAUCAGUUUUUAACACAGUGGAGUUCGAUGCUGAAUAGACGAGUCGAGCAGAAUCUACCAAAGACUCAGCAUUGUCUCCUAUCCCUCAGGUCACACAUUUAAAGCAUUCUCAAACGGAGAAGCUCCUGCUGAAGCGACUAUAAAGAUGGAGUUUAUUAAAGAAGAAGACGUGAAGAUUGAAGAAACGUUCCUCGUCAAACAGGAGGAUCCUGAGGAACAAACAGGGAAAGAAACCACCUCCAUCCAAAUCAAGGUGAACGUAAUGAAAGGUCUGCUGGAGGAGUACAGCACAUCUCGAUGUCCCUCUACAGCGGGCUGUCCUGCUUUAGAGACUCCUCUGCGCCUUACGGACAGGCACUUCCCAUCGUUAGUACCUCAGACCGCUUCCCAGGGCAGCCGGACCAGACGACACUGCAAGGUCUGCCUUUCUGGGACACGCAAGGACAAGCGGAGGCGCCUGACUAAAUACAUGUGCUUGCAGUGCAACACUCCCUUGUGUGUUGUCCCGUGCUUUGAGGAGUACCACACACUGAAGCAUUAUUAAGCGUGUAACAAUAUGCGUCUCCUUUUUGUAUCAUACUUUUUUUUUUAGCAUGUAUGUAUAUAUUUUCCAUUCUCCAUUGUUAAGUAAAUUUGAAGUGUUUUGUAAAUUUUGCACAAAAACAACUCGCUGUACUUUACGAAAACAACAAGACGUGAUUUAUAAACUACAGCAAAUAAAGAAAUGUACUCAAACUUAAA